CUUAAAAAACUCAUCAUUCUCUCACUCUGUCUCACUAUCAAAGUAGCAAAAGCUAUAGGCAGAACAUGGGUUUUCAUGAUUCUUCUUCUUGGCUACUCUUGUUCCUGGCUUGGUUCUUGAGCUAUGGAUGCUUAUUGGCUGCAGAUGGUGCUACAACUGUGAUGGUAAGUAACAUUUCCAAAGUUGAAGAUGCACAGAAUUUCCACAUAUAUUAUGGCCAGACAUUCAAAGUCAUCAAAAAUGCCAUGGAUGGCAAAAGCUACCUUCUCAUCCAGAGCAAUUCAAAGAUGGCAGCAAGAACAAAAUACUGUACCUCAAGGAUCAAAUCCUUUAUCAUUCCUUUGUCCAACUAUUCAGUGGAUACUGACUUCUUCCCAGUUUCCUUUUUCGAGCUAUUGGGAUUAUUAGGUAACAUGAAGGGAAUGACAUCAAAUAGUGUGGCGUCUGGAUGUGUACUAAAAUUGUUUGAGGAAGGACAAAUAGAUGUGAUUAACAAAACCGAGCCACAACAAUUUGCACAAUUUGCAGCACAUUUCGUUAGCAAUAAAGAUCAACCAGAGUCUUGCAACUUUGCAAAAUUUUCUCCUUUAGAUGAGGAAACACCCUUGCAGAGAGCAGAGUGGAUAAAGUUCUUGGGAGCUUUUGCAAACCUUGAAAAUAGAGCCAACCAAGUAUAUAAAAUGGUGAAAGACAAUUAUUUGUGUUUGACAAAGGUAGCAACAAACAAGGAAAACAGAUUCAAACCAAUAGUAGCAUGGAUGUUGUAUGACAAUGGCAAAUGGUCUUUUACCAAGGAAGGAUACAAACUAAAGUUUGUGGUAGAUGCAGGAGGAGAAAAUAUAGACGGUUCCAUGAGCAAGAUCAGCUAUGAUGUCUCUAAUCCUGAUGAUCUAGAAUCAUUGCAUGCUAUCUUAUGUACCGUGGAUGUAGUGAUUGACGAAACAUACGUCUCAGACCCCGUUGGAUACAAUCAAUCAACGUUUCUUCAAAACAUUAAUGUUGAAGAUGAUUCUUGCUUUGCUUUUGUGACAAAACAAAGCUUGUGGAGAUAUGACAAGAGAGUCCAAAACUUAACUACUCUUGAUUGGUUCAAUAGUGCGAUCUCCCAACCCCAAUUGGUUUUAGCCGAUCUUAUUGAAAUUUUUUUUCCAACUGGAAAUUACAACACUACUUUCUUUAGGAAUAUUGCUAAGGGAGAAGGAAUUAUAAGCAUUGGAGCCACCAUGUGUGACAGAGAUAGCUUAAUACCUCUGGAGCCUACAGUACCUACCUGUGGAUGACCUAAGUUUUUUAUGGUAGUAUUUUUUUUUAGUAGUAUUAUCAUGGGUCAGUUUUUACGCAUUAUAUUUUAUUUUGUUAUAGAAAUUAUAGAAUGUGAUAAAUUUUAAUUGGUUAAUUGUCAAUUUUUAAUUUCUCUUUGUAUUUUGAAUGCUUUUGGUCCCUCAAUUAUGUUUAAUACUUUUUUGGUCUAUUAACUUUACAAAUUAUACUUUUUUUGUUUGGCAUCCUUCUAUAAGUUAAGUGAUGAUGUACUCUAACACUUUUUUUAUGAUGUUGUAAUGACACAAUAUUAAAUUACCUCUUGCUAAUUAAUAGAUCCAGUUCUUAGAGUUCUUACGUAGAAUAUGCAACGUAGAUGUUUAUAAGUGUGGGAAAAAUAAAUUCGAAAAAUAAAUUUAUUAAUAAAUAAAUGUUAUUUGUAUUAAAGCUAGCACUAAAAGAGAUUAGUUUUUUUGAAUGCACCAGACAGAUGUGGAGGAUGCAUUUUUAAAAUUGGUUAGAUAAACAUUAAUUUCAAAAUACAUAAAAAUUGAUAUAAAGAUAAUUUAAUUGUAAAUAUAAAAAAUAAAAAUAAGAAGCAUAGUUAACGACCUAAAUAGUUUAGUAGUUAUUUAUUUUCGUUGAAAAUAAGAAAUCUUAAGUUUAAAUUGUAUGAUAUACGAAUGAAGUGAGAUAAGAAAUAAAAGAUAAUUACCUCUUAUUAUAUAAUAAUAAAAAAAAAAAAAAAAGUGCGGGAAACAUGGACCUAACCAUGAUGAAAAGAAAGUCACGAAACAAAACAGUGUGCAAGAGAAACGAUAGGGGAUAUUUCAUUAAAAAUAAUAAAUAAAAUAAAAAAAUAAACGAGGG